AUGGGCGCUGCAAUGAGCGACUCCGUGCCAGGGAGAGCAGCCCAGACAAGCCUUCCCCGCGGGGAUAAGGAGCGGGAGCGGGACCGGGAGCGGGGGGAGCCGGCCUCCCCGUGCGUCCAGGAGCCCUCGGUUCCAGCUGGAAGACGUCUCCCACGGGAUCCCAUCGUGGGCAUGCGUGUGCCAUACAAGCGCUUGGCACGGCUGUGUCCCCGUGACCGACACGGGACACCCAAGCAGCGCCAGCGCCCGGGGCCUGGCCCCCGUCAGCCACGGCCCAGCCCUGCCAGCACCGUUCUGCCUCAGCUGCAGGACGUGUUUGACACCUUGUGCCAAGCCUGGGAGGAGGAGGAAGACGAGGGUGACAUGGUUUCCCUCCCGGAUGAGCAGGUCCCUGGGCUUUGUUCACCGUCAGCCCGGCUGCAGAGCAGUGGGACAGGGUGCUGGGGACUAGGCAAUGCCUCCUCCUUUGGGCACAGCCACGAGCCCCAGGGGCACUGGGAGAUCUCUGGGCCAGCAGCAGUGAGGUUGGCUGUGUUGGUCUGCUGGGGCUGGCUCUGCGGGACACCCGGGUGGGCACCAGGCUCAUCGCGUGUCCCGCAGGCGCUGGGGGAUGUGGACCAGGUCCGGAUGACGUCCGAGGGCUCCGACUGCCGCUGCAAGUGCAUCCUGCGGCCUCUGAGCAAGGACGCCUGCAGCCGCGUCAGGAGCGGCAGCGCGCGCGUGGAGGAUUUCUACACCGUGGAGACGGUGAGCUCGGGGGCUGACUGCAGGUGCUCCUGCACCGCGCCCCCCUCCUCGCUCAACCCCUGCGAGAACGAGUGGAAGAUGGAGAAGCUGAAGAAGCAGGCCCCUGAGCUCUUCAAGCUGCAGGCCAUGGUGGACCUGUUGGAGGGAACGCUGUACAGCAUGGACCUGAUGAAGGUGCACUCCUACAUCAGCAAGGUGGUGGCGCAGAUGAACACGCUGGAGGAGACCAUCAAAACCAACCUGAGCAGGGAGAAUGACUUCAUGAAGGAGAGUGUCCAGCACCUCAGCGACCAGAUGAAACGCUACGAGAACUACUCUGACAUCAUGAUCAGCAUCAAGAAGGAGAUCUCCAACCUGGGCUAUCAGCUGCUGCAGAAGGAUGCAGCUGCCAUCCCUGAGAGCAAGGCACAGGACACGACAGGUGGCCGGGAGAAGGAGGCAGGACGGUACCCCAGCACCCGCAAGGCACUGGGGGACAGGGCAGCCCCCCGAGCGCCCAAGGAGAAACCACUGAAGCCUGAAAAGCCCAAAAAGGAGAACACCAAAGCCAAGGUGGGGUCACAGCCCACAGCCAAGCCCAAGCCCCUGGUGCAGCAGCAGACUGUGGUCCGGGGCAUCACCUACUACAAGGUCGGGCAGGCGGGAGCGGCAGAGGGUCCGGCCGGCAGCCGCGAGGGCCCUGUGAGAGGGGCAGCCGUGCCAGAGCAGCAGGAGGACAGGGGCCCCCCGCCCCCGCCAGCCAAGGGUAGCCCAGCCCAGGCUGUUGCCCAGACGGAGAGCACCGUGCCCAGCAGCACGGCCGUGCCCAGCACCGCCCCGGUGCCCCGCAGCACCGCCCGCAGCCCCCCCGGCCCCGCCCUCGGCCAGGGCACCGGCAGCACCGGGGACCCCGAGACACCGAACAGAGUGAAGGAGGCGGAGUGUGAAGGCACCAUCGAGUCCGUGGAGCCGCCCCGGGAGCACCACAGCUACGGGCGCAACGAGGGGGCCUGGAUGAAGGACCCGGCAGCCAAGGAUGACCGCAUCUACAUCACCAACUACUACUAUGGCAACAGCCUGGUGGAGUUCAGGAGCCUCGACAGCUUCAAGCAGGGCCGCUGGAGCAACCUCUACAAGCUGCCCUACAACUGGAUUGGCACGGGGCACGUGGUGUACAGAGGGGCCUUCUACUACAACCGUGCCUUCACCAAGAACAUCAUCAAGUACGACCUGAAGGAGCGCUUCGUGGCAGGCUGGGCACAGCUCCACGACGUGGUGUACGAGGACACGACGCCCUGGAAGUGGAGGGGCCACUCGGACAUCGACUUUGCCGUGGAUGAGAGCGGGCUCUGGGUCAUCUACCCCUCGGUGGACUACGACUACUCCCAGCAGGAGGUGAUCGUCCUCAGCCGGCUGGACCCCGUGGACCUCUCGGUGCGCAAGGAAACCACCUGGAAGACGGGGCUGAAGCGCAACACCUACGGGAACUGCUUCAUCAUCUGUGGCAUCCUCUAUGCUGUGGACACCUACAGCCAGAAGGAAGGGCAGAUCUCCUAUGCCUUCGACACACACACAGACACGGAGGCAGAGCUCCGGCUGCCCUUCCUCAACCACUACUCCUUCACCACGCAGGUCGACUACAACCCCAAGGAGAAGGUGCUCUAUGCCUGGGACAACGGCCAUCAGAUGACCUACGGGCUCAGCUUCGUGGUCUGAGUGCCCGGGCAGGUCCCUCUGCACUCCUGCACCCACCCUGGCUGGGGCACCCUGAUGCAGCCUGGCCCUGGCCCCCCCACUCCAGCCAGGGCUGUGGCAAGAGCUCGGCUUCCACCCCAAAGCCUUCCCCAUCUGCUCUGACCAUCACCUGCACCAUGCCCACCGUGCUGCAGGGCAGGGGGAGCCCGUAAGAGCAGCCCCCAGCAGAUACCCACCCUUGUGACAACGUGGUCCCCGGGCCGUGGCAGCUGGGCCAGCAUCGCCUCUCCGGGGACACGGAGAGGA